AUUUACAAAUGUUGAUUUUUGUGGAAAACUAAACUGCAUCAUUUACCAAGUUUUUAUUUAUAAGAUGCAAUAAUUAUUCAAUAAUGGAAGAGUCUAAAAAUGAAACUCUGGACCUCUCAAGGCGUGGGUUGAAGAAAAUAGAGAAAGCGCCUGGGGACGAAUCUAAGACGAUUAUUAAUUUUAUCCUCGAUCAGAAUGAGUUGCAGAGGCUUGAUAACAUCGACACCUACAGCCGUGUCGAGAAUCUAUCAAUUUGCAACAAUUUCCUUAUGCGUAUGCAUGGGGUGUCCCGUCUCACAAACAUUCGCAUUCUGGCUCUGAACAACAAUAGCAUUCUUCAGAUUGAAGGGCUGAAGGACUUGAUAUAUCUAAAAGUACUGAAACUUGCUGGUAACAGUAUCAAGUCAAUUGAGCAUCUGAAUAACAACAUGCAUCUGGAACACCUUGAUCUCUCUAAUAACCAGAUCUCAUUUAUAGCUGACAUCUCAUAUUUGAAGUACCUAAAGCAUUUAAGCUUGGAACGCAACCGCAUCAUCGACCUCCGACAAUGCGACCGAUACCUCCCCUCUCAAUUGGAACACCUAGGGCUGGCACACAACAAUAUCCCGGACUUGAAUGAGAUCUGCCACCUCGUCCAUCUCAACAAGCUGGACAGUUUCACCAUCCAGGGCAACCCUUGCGUCGCAAUGGCUGGCAAAGACAAGUUAGGCUUUGAUUAUCGACCGUUCGUUUUAAACUGGAUACUGAGUGUCAAAUCCAUUGACGGCUUCGUCGUCAGUGCCAUGGAGAGUUUGAAAGCAGAGUGGCUAUAUAGUCAAGGCAAAGGGAGACAUUUCCACGCCGGCCAACACCAGGAGUUAUGUGAAUACUUGGCUACGACGUGUCCACUCACAGCCGACGCUUUAGAGACGGAGGAUCAAAGGAAACUACGAAUUAUUUUAAGCAAAGCUCAACAACAUCAGCAGCAGUUGAAGGAUCAAAACCACAGUCCUUUGAAACCGAAGAUGCAGUCACCCAGAGUUCAAUCUCGCAUCGCUUCAAGGCACAUGGGCCGCUCUCCAGAUCGGUUAACAUCCAGUUACCAUUCGGCGUUGUCUAAAACCAAUUCGCCAUCGCACCAAAUGUCGAUGUCUUGUUCGGGAGACAUAGCUAGUGUGCCGCAAGUAAUGAGCCAGAGUUUCGAUUCACCCGGUCUUAUGUACGCUACGGAGAAGAAAGAUAAGGAAAAAGAGAAAACUACAGAAUCUCCGCCUAAGCCUGUAAACCAUUCAUUAGAAGCCGCAUCCAAGAUGGUGCCCGUACCAGAGUCUCUCAUGAGCCCUGACUAUCAAGACCCCAUAUAUGACAUCCAAAGAACUAUUCCGAAGCCAACAAACAACUCCGUCAACAGUAUUUCCAAUACAUCGUCUCAGUCAAGUAACAGCAGCUUACACGAAGAAAAACCGCAUAGACAAAUUGUCCAACCCAACAAGAACAUUAGAGGCUCGCCGAAACUAACGAAAAGUGCAACUUCCAGUCCGAAAUUAAAGUCGAAAAUCGAACGCAAAUGCAGUUUACCCAAAUCGGAGGUUAAAGAAGAGAAAAAAAUUAAUGGAAUAACGAAAGAACAAUCUACGGACCAAAUAGAUCAGGACAAAUUAGAGAUUAUAAAACUGGCGUCGAACCAGAGACGACAGAAGAAGAUGAGCGAAGAGUCUAUGGCUGCGGUGACGAUACAGAAGAUGUGGAGGGGAUAUAAGAGCAGAAAUCUCAAUAAGGAUACGAUGAGGAUAUUGCACGCGAUACAAGCGGCAAGAGCGAGACAACACAUACAGCGAUUGACAUGCGACAUGGAAGCCACCAAAGCCGCCUUAGAGAGUGAGAGGAAAAUACAACAGUUGCAAAUGCAGGCCAUUAACGCGCUGUGGAAGAAAGUCUCCACAUUGCAGUCUUCUGAUUCUCAAAAACAGAAGGUUUGUGACCUAGAAGACAGCACUGAAGCAGUGCGGCAGCUCACUGAAACAUGUGCUCGAUUGCAGCAGCAAGUUGCGGAACUGCAGGGAUGUAUGCAGGACGUAGUGCGAUGCAUGUGCGGCGGUGCGCGGACGCAAGUCGCAACGCAGACCACACUCACAUGCGUCACCACGCCGCAGGAAGAACGCAACAGUUGGCUCAGAAGACCGCAGACUUUACCGCUGACUGCUGCAUCUGCGCCCGCGUCCGAUGUGCCGCAACCAAGCGAACCACUAACCGAGAAACCAAACGAAAUGGACUCUAUUGACAUUGAACGGACAGAGUCUAUAAUCGAAGAAGAGACUGCACCCGGAGCGAGUUUAGAAGGAGAGCAAGACCAAAUCGUCAUCACCGACUGAUGAUAAAAUAGCUUUAUUACAGUAGGUUAAGGUUCAGUAUGGCGUAGCUGAAGCAAAGCUCUAUGUAUGGUGGCUUAGUAGGAAAAAACGAGAUCAUUUUAAGAGCCCUUUUACAAAAUUGCGCCACCGCCGUACUGAUCGGCGCGUAGGUAGAUUUGCUAGUGCAUUUUAUUGCUAUAUAUUGCAUUUUACGGGUGAUGUUUCGAGUCUUAUAAAAUAAUUAUUAAUGAACUAAUUAUAAAAAUAUUUACAUAUUUCAGUAGUUCAAUGAUGGUUGAUUAGUUUUAUGAAAGUUUUUGAUAGUAAUUCUAUUUAAUUCAAUAUCAAAAUACGAGAUAAACCUACAUUAUUUUUUGGGAAAAGUCACGGAGGUUAGAUGUUUUUUUUUGAUAGCUAAUAAGAUUUAAAAUCUAAAUUCUAAUCCAUUAUGUUACAACAAAAACAUAUUUCUGAUGUCGUAGUAAUUAAUUUGAUCUAAUUUAUUGAACAUUAUUUAGAGAUUCAGGCGUUUGAAGUUGUACAUAUUAUCGUUUUUUUCCGUAAACUAGCCGCGGUAAAACGAUCAGUACAAAAAACGGAAAAUAGUAUUUGCAAAUAUUCUACAUAAACUUACAAUAGGAAGAAUAAAUCUACUGUUUACUUUUAUUGGAAAUAGUCAAAAUCUUUUCUAAAGGGGUAAACGAGGCGAUCAAAAAUUAUGAUUUUUUGCAAAAAAUGUGAAAGGGCUCUUAAUAGUCAGUGUAUGUAGAUGUAACGGUAUUGUUUGUGUAAGCCGCCUCAGUUGUGUUAAAAGACUUCGUCCAUUUCGAAUUAUAAAUUGUUUCACUAGAAAAUUAAAUAACCAGUUUUAAUUGAUAAAAAAUAAUUGUAAUGAAAUAAGUGUUUAAAUUAUAAUUAAUUACAUUAAAGGAAUGUUAAUAAAUUAAAUUAAAGUUAUAUUUAAAUGUAUUAACACUGAACGCGUUUUCGGUUUGAAAGCAAGUAUGUUGUCAAAAAUGGACGAAGAUUAGUAUGUAUAAUAACUAUUUGACGUCGGACAGUUGUGCAAUAUCUGUUGUCACGUAGUGAAGUAUUGAAAAUGUGAAAUAGAAUUUCAUAAGAAAAGAGUUUCGGCUUCUGCUGUAUUUUCUUGCCAGUGCGAAUCCUGACAUGAUAUUCUAAAGUAUUGAAAAUUAGUGUGUUAAGUCACGCGGCCUGGUGUGUUGCCAGCCUCAAAAAGCUUGCGUCAUAUUUUGAAAAGAAAAUAUUUCAGUAUUACCGGAUAAAUGAAUAUUAACUUAAUUGUUUUGGUAUUCUAAAGUUUAAAGCUCCUGUGUCAUGUUGCUAAUUAAAUUUGUUGAUUCUAUUGUCGCCAUCCGUGUUCAUGUUAAUGAAUUAUUCAAUGAUUCUUUAAAAUAAUGACUCAAUCGAAAAUAUGGUGUUCGCUUGUAAAAAAUACUUCAGCCAUAUUAUCUGUACUGUCUAUAAAAUUUUAUUUAUCUGGUCAUACUAGAAAAAUGCCAAAGCGUAUAUUUCAAAGCUUUGAUCACUGCUUGAUGUUGUUACAUAAAAUAGUAAACUAAAUAACACCAGCUAUUAAGCUGUCAUGUUGUGGGCACAUUUCAAUCCCAACAUUUUAGCAUAAUAAAAUAAAAUGAGCUCUCUUGUUCAAAGUUAAGGAUCUGUUUACAUUGAUAUGAGACUAUGAUAGUUUGUUAAGACAAAAAAAGACUAUGUUGUUUACAAGGGUUUGCGAUGCAAUGCAUAAUUUAUAUUGUUAGGUUUAAAGUUUAAAUGCAACAUACUGUGGCUUACAAUGAUUGUCGGGUAUAAAUAGGAAACGCUUUAUUUAUUUUUAGGUAUAUCAGCAACAUUUGUCCGCUCAUUCCCUACCAAAUAGUUUGACGAACUGAGAUUAAACACUAAAGCUUAUUAUUCUUAAUUUAAUUUAAUUCUGUGGGUUUUAGAAACCCCCUUAGCACCCUCCCUCAAUAUAAUUUUUGAUAUCGCACCUAAGAUUUAAACUGAAAUAAAAUUAUAUCCCUCCUUCGCACCUACCCGUAAGAUUUUUUUUCUGCAAAUAGGUAAAUUUGCCCCGUCACGCUACACUACUGGAAAAAGUAUACUUUUCCUGACAUUUUGUCCCUAAACAUACAAAAUCACUGCCACUAACUUAGCGCGACUCGUUAUAUCAAAGCUAUUAAAUAAUAUUGGUAUCUGUAAGUUUUAAAUUAAAGACAGAUAGAAUCAUAACGAUGUUCAUCCAUAACAAAUAAAAUUAUUAUAAGUUUGGCAAUCUUAUAAAGGAUUCACACUUGUACCAAAGGAUUAUUCUUACAUUAUUAAUAUAAGUACUUCUUAUUUAUAUUUGUUGUAAUUGAAAAAAAAAAUAUGUACAGCGACCAAAGUAAUUAUUGUUAAAUAAAAAUCGGCACCGAAUUCUCUAAUGGAAAUUAUAUAACAUUAUAUUAUAAUAAAAUCAAUCCUAUUUACUUUAGUCGACGUUAAAAGGAAGCAUUAUUUAAUUACAUGUAUACAACAAUAACUCCAUAAUUUCUACAUUGGAAUAUUUGAACAGCGCGAUUUUUAUUCAUCCAAAUAACUUUGUUCACCUUUUCUGAGAGUGAGAUUGAAUAUCGAAAUCUUAUAUACAUUUAUUCUUGAAAAAAUUGCUACAACUUGAGCAAAAUUUUCGGGCUUGUGGGCUUCACAUAAAACGUUCAUUAACAUGCGCGUAUUGGCGCGUACACGUAACAUUUGGAAAACACAUAACGCACAACUAAAGCAUUUAAAAGAGACAAAGACAAUAGGUGGCAAAACUGCUUAGGAAGGAGAAUAUUCUAUGAAAACAUGGUUUUUAAUUAAAAAAAUAACCUUUUUUUAAAAAAACAAGCUUUUAUUGCUUGUCAAUUAAAAGAACUAAAGAAUAAUUUAAGUCUGAUAAAAAUAUUUUAUCCCGUUUUUUAAAUAAUAUCAUGUAAUUUUAAAUAACAAAAAUUUACUUCUUCAUCUGUUAUUAUGAAUAGAAGCCAUCUUUAUAGUUGGAUCAAGUUGAGACUCAUCCUGAACUCUGUUAUUUCUCCUCUGAAGAUAACAGGCGUAGGUGAUUUGAGGAGGUGCUGCUGGAUGGUAAAUAGCUUCUGUUUGUUUAGUAAAGACUCCAAACGACUAUGCAUUGUUUUAAUAACACGCUUUUAUUUAAAAAAUAGGAUGUAUUGUACCUAUGUAAUGGUAUAUUUUUUUGAUACCUAAAUUAUUUUUACUUUUUAUUUCAUUUUAUUAAACGAAGGAACCCCUCGAUCUCACCUCACACACACCGCGGAACGUUGAAUCUAUCUCGUGACAACGUGACAUAACGUUAAAAUGUUUCGUGCGAGCAGCCAUAAAAAAUGUCAUGCAUAUUCCCUCGAUGAAUAAUUAAAUGUUGUUACAACCCAGCAAGAGACACAUAACUGGUAACUUACUAUACAACUGGUUUCGUUGACUGAUAAAUA